AUGCACUAUGGACAGGCAGAUAUUUUCAAUGGUUUUGUUUCUCUGAGAGAACUCGAUCUUAGUCUUUCUGAUGUCAGAGGAAUUACACUUUCUACAGAGGCAUUUCUGCAGCUACAGGUUCUGAACCUGGCUUACAAUAACCUCUGCGAUGCUGAUAUAUUGGCCCUGGGAAAACUAAAGUGUAUCCGGAUUCUCAACUUAUCUUCAAACCAGCUUUCUACUCUGCCAGAAAAUUUAGCUGUUAGAGACUGGCACGGGGGAUCAGCAUACUUUAGAAGCUUAGAGGAACUUACUCUGGAAUCCAAUUAUCUGAGUGGCGAAUCAACAUUUUUCUGUCUAGCAGGACUACCAAGGCUGAAACACCUAAACCUCAGAGGAAAUGGGUUGUGUGCUGUGCCACAUCUAUCGAUCAAAGACAGCUGCUUUAAAGCAGAUGAAGUGAAAGGCCUUACUGUUUUGCACAAAAAGGUAAACAAGGGGACACAGAAGGCAACAAGGCAUACGACCAUUACAGCACUAUCCAAUCAAGGUUUGCACGAUUCUAAUGAUGCACAAGCCUUUGUGAGUAGAAGCGCACAAUACAUAGGAGCAAUGAACUACCUGGGACUAUCUCUCCAGGUUGUCAAACAUGCAGUGACUCCUGCUUGCAUAAAACCCCACAGCCAUGAGAGUAAGGAAACGAUAACGACCAACCUGCAACUGAAACAAAAAAAUAGUGAAAGUUCUGGUAUAGCCCAGGAGAAGCAACCAACAGAAAACCUAGGUCUGCUCAAGAAUGAAAACGAAGAACACUAUAUUAACAUCAGCAAACCAGCAUUUCCGUGCCUGCAAUAUUUAGAUCUCUCUUGCAAUAAGGUGAGAGAUGAAAAGUGUCUCUUAGCUAUUGCAUCCUACCCAAUGCUCACGGAGCUUGUUUUGUAUGGCAACCCUCUUGCUACCAACACCAAAGGCUGCCCACCUCUACUGGAACAUUGUCUUGCUAAUAGGCUUGGAAUCACUAUUGUUAGGGAGAAGCCAAUGCCAGAGUCAAGGGUACAUCUACAGACACGGAAUGUGAUGAGCAGACAGGUGAAAAAGAAAAUUCAUUCAGUGCCAGAUAAAUCUUUAAUGUUGAAACAAGACCAGAUAGAAUGUAUUUCUGGAAAGGAGAUAUCCCCUGAAAAGUAUUCAGGUACUGAGAUUACUGAGAUAAUGACAUUCAACUAUGCUCCUGAUCAUCCCCAUGUGACCUGCAGUCAUCAGCCAAGGCAGCCAUCUUAUCAUCAACAGCAGUGUCCUGGCGACCUGGUCAACAAGUUUGAGAGGACACAAGAAGUUCUGGCAACACAAACAUUUGCACCAUCACAGGAUAUGAAUUUAGAUAGCAUUAUGGACAAGCACCCAUCCUCAAAGGAAUACAAAGAUGCCAUGAGAUUACUACAACGGGUGCAAACAAAAUACUACUCAGCAUGUAACUCCUCAGUACAGUACUCACGCAAGGCAAGAGCAUUUGCUGAGAUCAACGCCUACACACCAGUUUCAGAAUGAGGAGGGAAUAUAGAGUUGUCUUAUGACUGAAUGAAUCUCUCUCUCUCUCUCUCUCUCUCUCUUUUUUUUUCUCUCUCUCUCUCUCUUUCUGUCUCUUUCGCUCUUUCUCUCAGUCUUUCAUAUUUGUACAUAAGGUCUUAUUAUCUAGGAUAUAUCGAGGUCAUAAUACACAUCUUCAACAACAGUGAACAGGAUGAGCAUCUGUUAAUUAUUAUCUUCUCAUCUGUUAACUUUUAAAAGCAGUGAUCAGUUCAAAACAUUUUUCAUACAGUAAGUACUCAUAAUCUUCAUGACUUUGUUGAGUGGGGCAUAGAAUCUAUAUGAAACUGAUAUGGGAGUAUAAGCUUCCGGUUUAAAUUUUAGCACGCAAUAGAAGAGUUGCACUAUAUCUCCUUUCCCAUCAAAGACUGAAGGAAAAUUAUGUGUUAUGUUGUGUGUUUAUAUACAUUCCAAUACAU